AAUGAAAAAAAUCAGAAAUGUAUGUUGUAAAAUAGUUAACAUUUCUGAAUCCUCUAAAGAAGUAUUUUAUUUUAUUAGUCUAGGCUGAAUUUGAAGAUCCUUGUUUUGAUUUGAUAUUGUAAAAUGUCCCCUGUUAUAAAUGUUAUAUGGUUUCAGAAGUUAAUGUUUUCAAAGAUCUAUGGAAAUGUGAAGGAUGCAAAGAUGAUUAUGAUUCUUAAACUAUGGAAAAGUUGAUAUGCUAAUUUGUAGAACAAUAAUUGUUAUUCUAUCAAAUACAAGAUCUUUAUUGUGUCAAAUGUAAAUAAACUUAAGAUUAUUCAUUCUAAAAAAGGUAUAAAAUAUCAUUAUAUUUUUAGUUGUCAAUGUUCUGCUUAAUUUCAAAUAAAACUUGAUCAAUUUGAAAAAUGCUUUAUUAGAACACCCACAUAACUUUUUGAUAGUUUAUUAUAGUUAGCAAUAGAAAAGAAUCUUCAUGGAUUAAAGACAUUAAUAUCCUCAAUAAAUAUUUGA